AUGGAAGGUAUAGUGACAGAAUGUACUUAUGUGGCUGGCAAUGAGAUAGCCCUCCACAUUGACAGGCAGCAGGUUAAAGCUACAAUAGCGCAUAUCUUUGAACCGUUCACAUUUUCAUGUGCGAUGGUCGUUCUGUUGGACCGCCCCGCCCAGUCUCUACAGUUGAACGGCCAUAUGAUUUUAAAGCUCUAUGACCGUCGGUCUGCAACAGGAUUCAGAGAGGAUCAGAAAAGCAACCCCUGGACUCCGGAUAUUGGACAGCAGUACCAGCAAUUCGUCCUGAAUGGCGACGCAUCUAAUUCUGUCGCCCCGGCUCGACAACGAUUAUGGGAUUUUUAUGAGACAGAAAUUGAAGUAUACGUUACCAUGAAAGAUAUCCAAGGCGAACACGUCCCCAAACUGUUCGCAUGCGUUACGUUGCAUGGGUCAUCGGCGCUGCACGAUGCGUCAGUCAGCAAGUAUACUGACAUCCCUGGGAUUCUUUUAGAAUAUAUUGAUGGAUUUCCCUUGACUGAUGUCGCCGCACAUGCUCCCAGAGAAGCCUGGCAGUCACUCUGUGAACAAGCUAUCAACAUCAUCCACCAGGUCGGCGAUCGAGGCAUUCUUAAUGAGGAUGUCAAAACAAGGAGCUUUGUCAUUCAAAAAAGCCCAGAGAGAAGGUUCAAGAUGUUUAUGCUUGGUUUUGCACUAUGCAAGUUCCGCAGGGACUAUGAAAGCGAGAAAGAGUGGUGGGAAUGGAAAGCGAUACAAGACGAAGAGGGAGCAGUGGGAUAUAUAAUGCGGAACAGAUUACAAGGAGGUUUUGUCUACCAUCGAUCUGCCUUGUAUACAAAGCUGGACGACGACUACAAGUCGGAGAAUUGA